AUGGCGAGAGAAAGCAACGCACCGACAGAGCCCAAGACUCCGGGCAAGCCAAACGAGCAGCAUCGGAAGACAUUGUCUCAACAACCAGAAUUUGGAAAACCUUCACCAAUGGGCAAGCCCCAACAGUCAACACAACCUCCUCAAGCAAAUAGAUCGACCCAGUCAAAUCAUUUAUUCAACAUCCCGAAACCGAAUCGUCCUCGUGCAGAGCAUCACCGCGAUCAAUCUCGAGGUCAGCAGCAAGGCUCGAGCCAGGCUUAUGGGCAGCCGCGGUAUGGUGUUUCUCAGGGCCAACGCGCCCCACCAGCGGUUGCUUCGACCCCAGCCAAGCGCGGCCCGUUCGAUCCGUUCAAAGCUGUGAGAUCCUCUGCCUAUGGCGAGAAGAAAGGCUUUAGUGGAGGCGCGGGUGCAACUCCAAUCAAAAGGCCGGGGAACAUGGACUGGACAACACCUCGGGCCCCAAGACCUCUUUUCAUGUCCACGGGCACUGCGCCAAAGCCUUCGAACGCUUCAAAAAAUCUCCAGGCCUUUAUCGAUUUGACGAAGGAUGAGCAGUCGUCUUUUCCGAGUUCCAAGACUCCCUCUACAAGCUUUGGUGCCAUUGAUGUGCAUGGGUAUGUCGAUUCUGAAAAAGCUACAGAAAACAUCAAGGCUUUGCUUGAGGGUGCAUUCGAGGACGAGGAGGAGAAGUCUUCAAAGCCUAAAAGUAAAAAGAAAAUCUCCAAGAAGCAGAAGCCUGGCAAACCCGAGACAAGCGAGGUGCUCGUCAAGCCUAGUAAGGCUGGAACGGAUGACCUCGACGAUUUGGCUGCCCAGCUCGAAGGUGUUACCGUGAACGACUCAGAGUCCGCGGCCCCCUCUGCUCUAUCCGAAGGAAAGAACAUAAUUCCAGGUGAAUAUGUCUCUACGCCUGAGGAGAGCGAGAGCGCCACGGAUGAGCAAGCUGAUCUAGAAGACGAUCGAGAAGAUACGGAGGAGGAAGAAGAGGAGGAGGAAGAGGAAGGGGAAGAUGAUGGAGUUGUAGAGGGUCUCAAAGUUACACUUCUGCCUCAUCAGAUUGAAGGUGUCAAGUGGAUGUGCGACAAAGAAACUGGCAAGCGCACAACAAAGGGGAUAUUCCCCAAGGGUGGUAUUCUUGCUGAUGACAUGGGUCUGGGCAAGACUGUACAGGCCAUCGCCUUGAUGUUGCGACACAAGAAGCCAGAACACGAACACAGCGAAGACUCAGACACAACCGAAAAGGGCGACGAGGAUGAGCCGGCUCCAGCAUUCAAGCUUUCCAAGAGCACCCUAGUAGUUGCUCCACUUGCACUGAUCAAACAAUGGGAAUCCGAAAUUUCCGACAAGAUCGAGAGAGCAAACAAACUUCGCGUUUGUCUGUAUCACGGAGCCAACCGCACCAAGACCUCCAAGGACCUUCCCUCAUACGACGUCGUUAUCACCACAUACGGAACCCUGACUUCAGAGUUUGGAACUGCUGCUGCAGACAAGGCAAAGAAAUCUGGAGUCUUUGCCAAUUAUUGGUACCGAAUAAUUCUUGAUGAGGCUCACACGAUUAAGAACCGAAAUGCCAAGGCUACACAAGCCGCGUGCGCACUUGAUGCGAAGUACCGAUGGUGUCUGACCGGAACUCCAAUGCAGAACAAUCUCGACGAAUUGCAGAGUCUUAUCAAGUUCCUACGCAUCAAGCCCUACAAUGAUCUCGCCCACUGGCGUGAUCAGAUCAGCCGACCACUGGCCAACGGCCGUGGUGGUCUGGCUAUUCAACGCCUACAGGUUUAUCUGAAAGCCUUCAUGAAACGCCGAACCAAGGAUGUCUUGAAACAGAACGAUGAGCCGAAGCCUGGCGAGACCGCAUUGGAUGAAAAUGGUCAAGAGAAGAAGUCGUCCAAUGGAUUUAAGAUCGUUAAGCGAGAAGUCAUCAGGGUCAAUGCCGAGUUCAUGGAAGGAGAGAUGAACUUUUACAAGCGCCUCGAACAGCGAACUGAGAAUCGAUUAGAGGAAAUUAUGGGUGGCUCCAAGGUGGACUAUGCUGGCGCACUGACCCUUCUACUGCGUCUCCGCCAAUCAUGCAAUCAUCCAGACCUGGUCAAGAGCGACUUGGCCAUCGACAAAGAUGUUCUUUUGCAAAAUGGUAACAACAGCAAUCAGUCCUCUCAAUCUAAGUCGACAGAUCUGGAUGACGUCGCCGAUCUUUUCGGUGCCUUGAGCGUCGUGGCAAAGAAGUGCGACAUUUGCCAAAGGGACCUUCAGAAAGGCGACGCCGCGAAGGGAAUUAGUCGUUGCAAUGACUGUGAUGCCGACCUCAACACGGACUUCAUGAAAACAGACAAGCGAAAGAAGCACAAUUCAAAGAAGCACAAGUCAAAGAAAGUCCAACGUGAGGACGGGUCUCCGGUCCCGGUUCGAUUCCGUAAGAACAAGAGGGUCGUCAUUGACAGUGAUGAUGAAGACGAAGAAGAAGCCGAAUGGAUUGUUCCUGAAGAUCAGCGCAAGAUGCCUAGUCUGGGCCAGGCUGGAGGCACAGAUGACGAAGAUGCCGAAGGUGGCGGGGAUUGGCUGGGCUCUGAUGAUUCUGAAACGGAUGAAGAAGAUAUCGAAUCCCCCAUCGGCAAGAAGCAAGCACGGGCAGUGGUUCUUGACAGCUCUAGUAACGAUUCUAGCUCUGGAUCUGAAUCGGAAGAAGAUAUCUACGAGAACCCAGAGGGCGAAAAUGGCGAGCUGCCUUCCACCAAAAUUCGUCACCUAAUGAAGCUUCUCAACAAGGAAGCCGGUGAAUACAAGUUCAUCGUUUUUUCCGUCUUCACAUCCAUGCUUGACAAAGUGGAGCCAUUCUUGAAGCGGGCCAAUAUCGGCUUUGCCCGGUACGACGGCCAGAUGAGAAACGAUCUGCGCGAAGCCAGCUUGAACAAGCUCCGCAACAACAGUGGCACUCGAGUCUUGCUCUGUAGUCUCCGUGCGGGUGCCUUGGGACUCAAUUUGACCGCAGCCAGCAGAGUUGUGAUCUUGGAACCUUUUUGGAAUCCCUUUGUUGAAGAGCAGGCCAUUGACCGUGUCCACCGUCUGAACCAAACAGUAGAUGUCAAGAUCUAUCGAAUGAUCAUCAAAGGCACCGUUGAAGAGCGCAUUGUGGAACUCCAGGAUCGCAAGCGCGAACUCGCGAACAUGACCAUCGAAGGCAAAGCGGCCGCGGGCAAAUUGACUAUGCGUGACAUGAUGGCUCUGUUUGGCCGUGACGCCGAGCACAAGUUCCAAGAUAAACAGGGAACUUUGGACUUCAAACAACCCACGCGGCUGUUAAGCUCGGGCGAAGAUCACGGUGCUGGGCUAGCCUCGCAGUCCCCAGCGCGGUCCGAUCCCCGCGACCGCACACGGCCACAGGUCACUCAUCGAUCGAAGCCCGAAGAUGCUGUGUAUGGUCGGCGUUGGUGA